UUACAAAAAAUAAAGUGUCAGAGUUCAGACUAAUUUACUUUGAUUGUCUUGUUGCUACUGCAAGCAUAAUAUAUACCGUGCUCUUUGAUGUUGUUCACAUCUAAUUAAUAUAAAUUUAUCAAACUCGUAAAUAUGAAGGAAGAAUAGAAUAGAAGAUAUUGUUAGAUAUUGUAUAAAGUAAACUCCAAAUUCUUAACAACAAAAUGAGUGAACAACGAAAAAACCCGAGUUAUAUGGCUCAACUAUUGGAAAAAUUAGGAUGGGAUCAAGGCAUCAGAAUUCCAUUAGCCAAUCCCGGAAAUCAAGAAUUAGAGACUAUUCUUAUAAACAGGCAAAAUGAAAUUCAGCAGCUUAAAGAAUCAUUUAUACUACAGCAACAAAAAAGAGAGGAUCUUAAUAAGUAUAAGGAGUUUGUGCACUCUGAAUAUCAAGAGAAUACUCGCCUCCUAUUUGCUCACAAGCAGCAGCUGGAGCAGGAAGUUAAACUACGGCAGUUGGCUUGUAGUGAAACAGAUGGACUUGAUCGAGGAGUUAUUGACUGUCAGAAACAAUGCAAGGACAUAGGAACUAGAGUUGAUAGAUUACAAAUAAACAUUGCUCGUCUGCUAAAAAAGGCUGACACAUUGAAAUCUGAGGUGUGUGGUGAACGUGGAGCCUUGCAGGAAUGGAGAGCUGCUCUAGAGAGAAAUUCUGGUGACAUUACAGCUAUAGAGCAGUUUACAAGACAAGACUUAUCUAAGGCUAAAGCAUUAGAAAAUAAACGACAGAAACUGAAAGUGGAACAUGAUCGCAUGCAUGAGCGUAUUAACCAACUUGUAUCAAAUUUGAAUGCCGAGGAGAGGGCUUGUGAUAGGAUCUCAAUUCAGGUAAUGGAAGGUAUGGAGCAAAGAAAACAAAUGAUGAUUAUGUGGAGAGGUGCUGUUGAUAAUCUGAGGCAGCGUGACACUGACAUAAGACACAUCAGGGAGGAUUACGCGGUGUUAGAGGCGGAAGCGAACAAAAUCGCGGAGCAGUGUCGCGAGCAGCAGGCGUUCUGUGACCAGCAACGCGGCAACAACGGGGACGCGCAGCGAGACAACCUCGCACUCGCCCAGCGGCUCAGCCACACGCGCCUCGCUCAGCAGCAGCUGGCCGAGCUGAACGCGACCUCGGACAGUGAGGCGCAGAGUCUCCAACGUGAGCUGGCGAACUUGAGAGUAGUCCUGGAGAAGCUUCACAUGGAGAACCGGCAGAUAAUGGAUGAGCAACAUCGCAAAGACUUGGCCAUUCAAUCUAUCAACAGCAAGAUUAGUGAUCUUAAAGAAAAAUUAACGGAGUCUCUCGAUAAAUCGAAGUCGUCAGAGAAACGAGCCAAAGAACUAGAAGAUAUGUUGAACGAAGAAGAACGCUAUGCAAGUCAGCUAACUGCGAAUCAACAACGUGCCAUGCAUUGCUCUUUUGUGGAGCAACAAAAGUUUCUGACGCUCAAAAACGAAGAGAAACUCUUCCACAUGCAUUUGAAAGCGUCGAAAGCAAUCUUGAGCAAACUGGAGACGAAACAACGGAACCUCUUGAAGACUCUACAGAGCCAAAAGGAGUCUCUGUACGCUAUUUGUUACCAAGUGGAGACAUUGGGUGCUCGUGUCUCGCACAUGGAGGGGGCGCAGGCCGAGAGGGAGUGCUCCGCUGAAUUAAUGGAGAGGGAGAAUAGAUUAAAAGACGUGUGCUCUCGGCACGCGGCCCGCGUGGCGCUGCUGGAGCGGCACUCCGCGAGGCUGCACGACGACAUGCGGCGGCUGGCCAAGGAUCUCGAGGCACAGAGCGUGGAACACGUUAAACUGCAAAGUCGUCUGAAAACAUCGGUGCUGAACGUUGAGGGCGGCGAGAAGGAGCUGCGCGAGGCCCGCGAGGCGUGGCGGCGCGCGCGCGUGGAGGACGCGCUGCUGCGGCUGCGGGGCGCGCACGCCGCACGCGCGCUCGCCGCCGCCGACGGCGCCGCCUACUCGCUCGACCGACAGCGCCUGCAGCUGCACGCGGCAAUGAACGAGCGACUGGUCGAGAUCAGGGCGCGGCAGGACAUGUUCAAUGUUCAGAAACGUGCUCUGUUCGAAGAUUGCGGGAAGCUGCGCUCUGAGAUACGCGAAAGAGAACAACGCAUCGAACAACUUAAGAAAAGAUACGACAUAUUUAUCGGUUCGCUCGGCAAAGACGAGUCCGGCGAGCAGCUCUCGGUCACGUUCUUUAAGAUUAAGAUGGCGGCGGCUCGCGCGGAGCUGCGGGAGCGCGGUGCGGCGCUGGACGCGGACGUACGGCGCCGCGAGCGGGACGUGGCCGCGCUGGAGGCCGCGCUGCCGCUGCUGCACGCCGCGCAUGCGCACUUCAUGCGCCAUCUUUCACCGCUCGACAGCGACGCCCCAGAAAUUGAAGAACUGAAUGAUCUGUCGAAGAAAUACUAUGAAAUGCGGGACGAACUAAAGUCUUUGAAUGCGAGAAUCGCGGACCUCGAGCCGAGCACCGCCGAGAGCGGCGCGCAGCUGACGGCGCUCAUCGACAAGUACAACAAGCUUAAUAAUAAACUGAAUGAGGUUGAGCAAGAUUUAGAGAUAGGCAGAGAGCGCAUGCGCCGCCAGCAGGACCGCCUGCAGACCGCCCGCGAGGUCGUCAGACAGAACGCGAACCGCGCGCGGAAACUGAUCGACAACGAGACGGACUGGCGCGUCUUCCAGAUGUCGGUGUGGACCCGCGAGUGCACCGAGACGUGCGUGCGCGUGGUGCAGGCGGCGGCGGGCGCGGCCGCUCGGCCCCCCGCCCGCGCCCGCCUCGCCGCUGGCCUGCGUCCGCUGCUGCACGCGGCCAUCACGCCCGCGAGACUCCGGCGGGCCAUAGACAG